UGCUUCCCUUUUAUUGUUAUACCUACUCCCGAUAGAUAUUUCCUUAAUACGGUUGUUUACCUUUAUUUAUUCUUUACCAUUUGUGUAUGUGGUAGAUCAAAGAAGUCGUUUACACCUGUGAAGUAUUUCACCGCAACUCAAAAUAUAGCGUUUCGAUGUGUGAAUACAUGUGCCGCCGAUAAGAUGGCAUCUCGGCUGAGAUUUCAGGACAAAGUUGCCAUAGUAACAGGGGGAUGUAAAGGUAUUGGAAGGGGUUGUGUUGAUGUCUUUGCUGAAAAUGGUGGAAAAGUGGCUGUAUUAGAUAUCGAUGAUGCGGUCGGUGAAACAAUGAAGGCGGAAGGUCCAGGAGAAGUAUUUUACAUCCACUGCGAUAUGACAAAGGAAGAGGAAAUUCAAGCUGCAGUAGAAGCCACGGUUGAGAGAUACCACAGGGUUGACUGCUUAGUAAACAACGCAGGGUGGCAUCCACCUUCCCGAACGAUAGACGGUUUUUCAGCAGACGAAUUCCGCAAGCUCCUUGAUUUAAAUCUGGUUGGCUAUUACCUCGCAUGCAAGUACACUCUACCUUACCUUCGACGGACACAGGGAUCUAUCGUAAAUAUUUCUAGUGCAGCAUUUACAUUAGGCCAGGGCGAGGCUGUCACUUAUGUCGCCACGAAGGGUGGGGUAGUAGGGCUUACACGGGCACUGGCAACCGACGAGGGAAAACAUGGCGUUCGUGUUAAUGCAAUAUCUCCUGGAGCUGUUCGAACACCGCUGUUAGAAGACUGCAUUAAAGAUGAUUUACAAGGUGGAUUAGAAAGAUGCAAAAAUUCUACCGUGUUGCGGCGGGUCGCUGAACCUAGAGAUAUAGGCCAAACCUGCUUGUUUCUGGCAGCGGAAGCCACAUUCACCACAGGGGCAGAUGUAAGCUGUUCGGCUGGUGCUGAAUUGGGCUACGGACUCAAGCAGUAGUGCAACAAGACUCCGAUACAAACAGAUACUUACACUAUCGCAUUCGAUAUAAUAAAUAUUAUGUAUAGAAAUGACAUGUUAUUUUUUGUCAAUUAUGAAACAAUGCUUGCCUACUCUAAAGCUCGGACUCCGAUAACACUUCGCAGAUCUACAGCUCCUGCAAUGUUUAAAGUUUGUGAGGAUUCUUUUCGCCAAAUGGGAUGUUUUGCAUGUGAAGAAGCCCGAAAUAUAGAUCUUGUUCCAUGUUGUUAAAAACUGUUAAAAUGAGUCAAAUAAUAAUGUUUAUUGAUAUGAUUAUGGUAUAGUUUAAUUGCUUAAAUUGUCUUUACAAAGACCUAGACUACUGUGUUUUAAAUUUAUUUGAGCAUUUCCUGAAUGUUGUUUUAGUAAAUAGAUUUUAAAUGUGACCUAGUGCUUAAAUACACAUAAUCAGACAUUUUAAAUCAAUCAGACGCAAAAACUCUGGUCCCCAAAGACAGUUUUAUAACUUCAUGUAUGAACCCUGGUAACAUAAUGAAAAUCAUCAAAUAUAUUUUUGCACCAUUAUGAAACAACGAAUGCAUACACAAGACACGAGGUUCAAAAAUCUGAAAUCAAAAUAUGUUUAACUGGCGAACACCAGAUCUUACAUGUUCACUGUUGUCGACGCCAUUCGUGAAAACUGUAUUUUGUGUUCACUCUAUGUGAAAGAUAUUUCGAUUUUCAUCGUCUGUACUAUUAUAAUAUUUUUCAUUGUACCACGCAUGACUGUUAUCAUUAUGCAAAUUCAAAAAGAUCUACAUGUAUUCUCUUAAGUGAGAUAUAGAUAAAAUGAAAACUUCAGUUAUUAGUGUAAAAUAUUUUAUUGAAUACACAAUGGUGUGUUGCAUACACGUGCAAAUAAAUGGCUUGAAAAUG